AAGAGCAAACACAGCUGUGCAUCUACUCAGUUCUUCUCAGCUCCACUUCAGUCAAGAAUGAUGAAGGUUCUGCUGUUGGCUCUUGUUCUCGCUCUUGUGUUUGCUGAUGGCUCUGCCCUGAAAUGCUACAACUGCGUCCCGAAUGUCCCCGGAGGAUCCUGUGUGACCAAAGAGGAGACGUGUGGAUAUAAGAAAGACACUUGUGUGUCUGCCAGAUUCACCAGUCCUCCCUUUGGCUACUUCCGGAGGUGCAUUAGCAUGGCGGAUUGCAUGAUUCUUCAGUCCAGUACCUCGAUUAAGGCCAAGUGCUGUCAGACUGACCUGUGCAAUACACCCAUCAUUUAAAAUAAAAUACAAAAAUUAUGCAAACUGGUGGAAUUUAAAGGAAAUGUUCACCCAAAAACUAAAAAUUCUGUCAUCAUUUACUCACCCUUCACUUAUUCCAAACUAGUUUGAGUUUUGUUUUAAUGUUGAACAGAAAUGAAGAAAUUUUGAAGAAUGUUGGAAAGUGGUAGCUAUUGACUUCUAUGGCAUUUGUUUUUCCUAUAUGGAUGUCAUUGGCUGUGUUUUAUUCAUCAGAAUAUCUUGUUUUGUCUUCAAAAGAAGGUGUGCAUAAAUCAACCCAGGCUCAUUCCGAUUACGUACCCCUAUAUACAUUUCUGGAGAUCACCAAAUACGUCCCCGGAGGUACAUGUUUUGCAGUUUUUGUUUUCGCGAAUCCACCAGAGGCCGCUGUGUACACUUUUUGAGAUCUCAAAUUUCUCUUGCGAGUGCCAUUCGCACCUGCUGUUCUCGCGUAAAUCCACCAGAGGCCGCUGUCGACUGACUGACUGACCAACCAACCGAUACACCCACUCACCCCCUUUCCUAAACCCAACUGAUAGUGUUUUAUAAAAGCACAAAUUGACCAGCGCCUACCCACUUUACUAAACUCAACCAAGUGUUUUAAAAGCAAUCCAGAAAAAGAAAAAAAAAACAUUUUCACCAUGUUUUCAGAUUUUACCACAUUCUCACCCUGCUAUUUUCUCGUUUAUUUUAUUUUUUGGCUUUCAUUUUCUUUCAUUUUCAUUUUGUUUGCUGGACUCGAACCCCACUGUCACUGUCCUCUAUGCAUCUCAAGUACGCUGACGUUCAUUGCGAGCCACAGAGCAAACUGUUAACAGAGGGAAAGCCGUCCAUAAGGAGGUAAGCGGUCAGCUUUUAAGCCUACAAAGGAACAGCACCAUUCUGUCCUGUAGCGUCCAUUCUAAAGACAAAAUUCAGCCAUACGUACUUCUGGCUUCAUAAUUUGCUCCUCCAGAAAUGUAUAUAGGGCUAUGUUGUCAGAAUGAGCCUAUAUUGGCAUAGAUGAUUGUUAAAUAAAUUCGAAUGAGGUUGAACUGAUUUUGUGGCCAAAUUUCACCACACAAAUAAACAGGUUGCAUGAAUAAAGUGUUGCUUGAUUUUGUAAAGGA